AUGGCGGCGGCGCCCCCGACCUACACAAAAAAAAGAGACAGCCGACGGCACGGCAGCACCUACCACAGCCUUUACGGCUACCGGAGCUGCAGAUCCUCGCAGCAGGGCACAGACAGUGGGGAUGGCAGUCCCAGCAGUGCGGCGGCAGAGACACCCUCCAGCGAAGACUUCAGCCUCUCCUUGCUGGACACUAACUUACCAGCUGAAGCAGAGACCGAAUUGCGCAGCUUUAUUGCUAAGCGUCUCACUAAAGGAGCUCUGUUUGAAGGAAUGGGGAAUGUAGCAUCAGUGGGGCUGAGCAUACCAGAAUAUAAAGUUGGUUGUUAUUACUGUCGUUUCCAACAAGAAAAUCUUCUAGAAAUGGCAACGCUGGAAUCAGACAUCAAUGUUCCAGAAUAUGUCAUUUGUUUCUUAGGUGGCUCAGAGAAAGGUCUGGAACUUUUCAGACUUGAGCUGGACAAAUACAUUCAAAGUCUGAAGAUAAACCUUGAUUUGGAGCAAAAAACCUUGGAGACCUGUGUUAACGCCUACUUGGGAAGCUGGUUUGAGAAUGCCAUAUGCCCUAUUCAGCGAGUAGUACAGCUCUUCCAGGACAAACUCACCUCUUUGCUACACGCUGCUUUGAGUUAUACUCCCGUGGAAGUAAAAAAUGCAGAUGAAAGAACAGAAAAAGACAUUAGCAGGUUUCUGGCAGCUGCCAGCCUCCAAGGACUGGUUCAGGAAGGCACCAUGACCUCCUUGUGUAUUGCCAUGACUGAGGAACAGCACAAGUCAAUGAUUAUAGACUGUAGUGGGCCUCAGCCUCAGUUGCACAAUGCAGGAAGCAACAGAUUCUGUGAGGACUGGAUGCAUGCUUUUGUGAAUGGUGCUGAAGGUGGAAAUCCAUUUCUCUUCCGGCAAAUUUUGGAAAACUUUAAAUUGAAGAAGAAUAAGAAAAUGCUGUGCUACUUUCCCCAGGCUAUACAAGACAUUAACAACCUGAAGAGGUUUAUCCGCCAGGCUGAAAUGAACCACUACGCCUUGUUCAAGUGUUACAUGUUUCUAAAGAACUGUGGCAGUGGAGACAUCCUUUUGAAGAUUGUCAAAGUAGAACAUGCAGAAAUGCCAGAAGCCAGAAACGUAGUGACUGUCCUUGAGGAAUUCAUGAGAGAAACAUCAGUGGCUUAAAAUUAUCUUAAUUAUUCUGUACUUGUUUGAGGGUAUUGUAUAAAUCAUUAAUCUCUUCUGUGCAGCUUAGUUUCACUAUCGCAGGAUUUUUAAUUUAUAUUUAAAAGUAUUAGCUAAGUCAAACCUAAUUUGGAGUUUUAUCUACCUUUUCUCUUUUUUGAGAAAGCAGUGUGAGCUUUUCUAACAUGUAAAUACCAGAUCAUACAAACUCCUGCAUAGUUUUCAGUGGUUACCCCAUUCUUCCUUUUUUGAGGAAAUCAUGACAUUCAGUUUUUAGAGUCAUUACAUGGAAAAAAAACCCUAAAUCUCUUACCUGGCAAGCAUUCCAGUGUUUUAAAUAUUUCAAAUAUCUUUAAAAUGAUUAUGUCUAAUCAUUAAGAUCUGGUUACUUUUGUUUUAAUUUUAUAUAUUAUGAAGCAUAAACAUUGGAUAAAUCACAGUAAAUGAAUUAAUCGAAUUUGUUUUUAUAACAGAACAUAAGUAAAAAGUCUGUAGCUAGUUUUCACAUUCUGCUUUCAAGCUGGCAAUUGUUCUCCUGUUACUAGAUAAAUAAGUUGUUAAUUAGUAUGAAAUGGAACUGCCUUUGUAUAUAUGCAUACAUACACUGGACAGACAUGUUAAAUUCCCAGGCUGUUAGAUGAAUCCCAUUCUUCAUUAGUUUGCAGUGUGGUAAAGACCACCUUUGUGUGUUCUUAGUACUCAUUUUGAUUAAUUGUAUAUAAUCCUGUUUUAUCAACCAUGGAGAAUUAAAUCUGAAAAUGUUACAGAUUAAAUAUUAACUUCAAACUAACAGAAACUUAUUUGGAAAAUGGAGUAAACUAAGUCCCCAAGUUAAUUAUUUAGACUUUAAAAUAUGUCAUUGUAUUUCAGCAAUGAAUUCUUAGCCACAUCAUAGGACAUUUAGACAGAUUUGAAGAAAAUCUUUGCCUACAGAUGGAAUCAAAACUCACAAGGCCUCGGAGGGACCACGAGGACUAUUUCCACAAACCUGAUAUAAGCAAAACUCCGUUGCUUUCCUUUGCAGCGGAGGGUGUUGGCACCUAACAGGGCAUUUGAACUCUCCCUGAAACAGUAACAGCCUUACUAGUGCAGUGAAGUUUUGACUGUUCUGGCAGAGCUGUAUACUGUGACUAUGAGUGCUUUGCUGCAGCACUGUGUUGAACCUAUAAUGAGGUUUACAAUAAACCACAUUCAAAUCCUUAAUAGUCUGCUUCCAUUAAAUUACAAAUGAGUGUUGUCCUUGAUGUCUCCUGUUUAAAAGCCUUUAUUCACACAGUGCAGAGGAAGCUGUUAGUAUAAUGUGCAGGAGUCAUAUUGACAGCUGAGGUGACACAUAAUGUGUAUGGGCAGAUCAGAGAAGAAAAUAAUAGUUUGAAAGAAAACAAACCUCUUAUUCUCUCAUUUGCAGGAGCUCUGAGAAGUAACAGUGUUUUCCUUCAGAAUAUUUUAUUCAUGAGUAAAACAGUGCCACUCAAUAAAACAUGUCACCCUUUGUUGCUCUUGUACUUUUCUAACAACAUUGGAGCACUGAUCGUUUAGUAUUUUGCCUGAUCAGGAGGUAGGGAAGAGCUCAGUGCUCAAAAACCAAAAAAAGUUGGAUGUGAAGAGCAAGUAGCUGUGGUCUGGAGGGCAGACCAGUGGAGAGUUGGGCCAGGCAUUCUGUGUGCUGCCUUAUAUUUACAAAGAGUAGGUCAGUCCCAGGCACAGCAGUGCUGGUGGUGAUGAACUUUUCCUGAGGUGCAACCACAAUUGCUUUGCCCAGUCUUCAUCCCUGGAAUUUUUCAAAGAUAGACUGGCUGAAGUGCUGACCAACCUCCAUUACCUCUUGUCCAACCUCCUGCUCAAGACAGGGUCAGCUUAGAGAGCUGAGGUCCCUUAAAACCUAAAUUAUCCCAUUAUCCUGUGACCUGUACUAUGCUCCUUAAAUAAGAUUUUUGUGUGCUAGGUAAACGAUCAUAAAUCACUCUUCAAAAUCCAGAUUUUUUAAGCUUAACUGUAAAACCUUGUUUAGUCUUUUUGGUGUUUCUCCUCUCUAAUGCAUUGUUCAGUAUCUGUCACACUGAAUUUGUAUUGUUACAUGUGGACAGCUUCAGUCACAGCUUUUUCUGUGGUUUCUGUUCCUUUUCCUGAAUUUUCCCAGCACUGAAAUUGGCUGGUAUUAUGAAAAAUAGAACUUCUUGCCUUCCGCAGCCUUUGUUUUAACGUCACCUUGCUUCUCCCAGCUUUGCAGUGACUUUGCCAUCCAGCUAUCCAACUACUAAAGUCAGGAUGCUCACAAGUACACACACACACAUUGAAAUGCACCCUGGUAGUUCAUGAAUUUAAAGGUCCUACUGACAUCUUCCCAUUAUAAAUUCUAUUUUAAAAACCAGAACUAUAAGAAGUUAAGCAAAAGCAUAAUAAAUAAUGCAGAAGCAGAUGGUUUAGCUGCAUGGAUGCCUGGAGAGUAUUACACACUCAACUUCCUCCAGAAAUCGGCUAUUCAAAGUUCAGGAUCAAGCACACAAAAGGUCAGAAGAUGCUGAGAUGUGCACUUAGUUCGCAAACUGAAAGAUUUUUACUGUAGUUUUAAGGGUCUGAUUUAAAAGCAUUUGGAAAAAAAAAACAAAACCAAACAACCAAAACAACAAAACAACAAAUAACC